GUGGAUUCCUGGAGCUCCGAGUCCGAUUUGUUCCUGGCUGGCUAUUACCAGGCAAACUCUGGGAUGGAUGACAAAAGCCCUACUACCCUGGCACAAAAGAUUGCAGCGCGCAUUGCUGAACUCUGCGACGAGGCCGUGCUGAUCAUGUUGGAUAACCGCAAGUUCACGAUAAACCCUCGGCUUCCUCCCCUCACCGUCUUGGAGCAGAGAGAUCACCAGUGGGUUCCUAAGGACAAGAACCUGGUCAUGUGGACCGACUGGGAAGCCUCUCGCCACAUUUGCAAGUCCCUCCUGGAGGCCAAAGUGUACUCCCGAUUGGUCGACUUCGACAGCCACUUGGAUGACAUCAGACAAGACUGGACCAAUCAGCAGCUGAACACGGAAAUCGCCCAGUUGGUAUCGGUAGCCAAUGGCAGUGCUUGAAGGAGGAGCCGGGCUAAUUUGUAAGGAUCUUUAAACCCGGUUCCCUCCAGCUUCGUUAGGAGCAUCCAAGAUGUCGGAUUAGCCCAGAUAGAAGCCAGGAUCACGUGAUUGAGGCGAGGCCCCGCCCCAUUUUAACGGGGCUGCCAUCUUGACUCUCUUAUCUCCUCCCGCCCCAACAAGGAGAUACCUCUGUUGAAGAAGAAAAAGGAUGAAUUUGCUUCGAAAUUUGUGUUGCUGUUGUUUUUGUUUUAAUUUAUUCCAUCUUUGCAAAAGCAAUUUUUCCCAACCAAAUUCUUGUUUUUUAAAAAAGGAGGGAUUUAACCCCCUCCCCGUUUUAUCCAGGUAGUCCU